AUGGAUAAGGUGCUCGAGACGAUCGAUCGGUGCCGAGGACCGGUGUCUCUGAUACCACUUGUGAGCGAUAGCAGUAGGAGUUGGGAGGAGCCGGGGAAGGAGAAGGCAGACGUGGGGAGGAAGAAGGGGCAGGAGAUGAGCGCGGAGGAGUUCUUACUUCAGGAAUGGAGUUUAAUGUUUUCAAUUGCCUGUCCGAUCUCUUCCUCUCGCCGAUCUCAUAUACUCAUUACAGAGGCUCUGCCCCUUUCACGCGUGCAAGCGAUUCAAACAAACCAGUACAUUACCACCAUGGUUCUUGAUUCAUUAUCAUCUCCUCACAGGAGGUCCCAAAACACAUUCUUCGUAUCAUCUGCAAAAAAGCCUCAGUCAUCUCGUGAUGACAGUUGGUCUGCACUGGUUGAGCGGCACCGGUUCCUCCUGACAACACUUCUUGUGCUUGCCUUCCUGUGCACUAUCUAUCUGUACUUUGCAGUAACCUUGGGGGCAUCAGAUGCUUGCACUGGAUUGGCAGGGGCAGAGAGGAUUGAGUGCCAGGCAAGAUCAGUGCUGCAACAUGGAAAGUUGAAAUUCCGCUGA